UCAUGUGACUGAACCGUGUGCUUUCAUUGGCCAGCUCCAUUCCGUGUUUAUUUCCGGAAGUAAGUUGUUGUCAGUGUCAGACUUUCCAUAAGGACUAUCUCACAUCAACUCUACAGCACCGGACCGACAGCCUCCUUAAGGUGUGUCCUCGUGCAUCACAAUGGCACAUUGGUUUCACAGAAACCCACUGAAGGCAACGGCGACCGUGUCCUUUAAUUUCUACGGCGUGGCAGGGAGCCCCGCUGCCAAUAAGAUAUGCAAUGACCUGAGGACAAACAGGGUGAGACUGCUGGAGAUGUUCACAGAUGUCACCUGCAACCCCGAGAUCAUGAAAAAUGCCACGGACGUAUACUUCUCCCUCCUCCAAGGCUUUAUCUCGUCCUUGGAUGGAACUACUCAGGAGAACAAGAUGAGGUUCAUCCAGAACUUCAAGUGGACUGACACCUUACAAGGAAACACACCAAGUGCCCAGCAGGAUGCGGUCUUUGAACUGGUCUCCAUGGCCUUCAACGUAGCCCUCUGGUACACCAAGUUCGCCUCGAGACUAGCAGGGAAAGAAAACGUGACAGAGGCUGAAGCGAAAGAUGUUCACCGGAGCCUGAAAGUUGCUGCUGGUAUAUUCAAAACCCUCAAGGAGGUCCACAUCCCUCGUCUCAUCACCCCGGCCGAAAAGGGCCGAGACCUGGAGCCCCGAGUGAUCGACGCAUACAUCAUCCAGUGCCAAGCAGAGGCGCAAGAAGUGACGAUUGCCAGAGCGAUUGAACUGAAGCACAACGCCACACUGAUCGCCGCAUUGGCAUUUGAGACCGCAAACUUCUAUCAAAAAGCCGACCACACGUUGAACACCUUGGAGCCAGAGUGCAGUAGCAAAUGGAGGAAGUACUUUCAGCUGAAGCAGCACUUUUACAUGGCUUAUGCGUUCUGCUACCACGGACAGACGCUGCUGGCGAGUGACAAGUGUGGCGAGGCUAUACGAUCUCUCCAGGAGGCGGAAAAAUGUUACUCGCAUGCCGAGGUGCUGUGUAAAGAGUACCGUCAGACCAAAGGGCCCGGGACCACGGCCAAACCAUCGGAGCAGCUGUUCUUCCUCAAACUGGGCGGCGUCAUUAAGAACACGCUGGAGAAGUGCCAAAGAGAAAAUGGCUUCAUAUACUUCCACAAGAUCCCAGUUGAGGCCCCCCAGUUGGAGUUGAAGGCGAGUUACGGCCUGGCUGAGCCAAUCCCCUUCGAGCUGCCGCCCCUCAGUGAGCAGUGCACUCCUGAAGUCUACGCCACCUUUGACCUGACCAAGGGAGCCAAAAAUGACAAGGCCAAGCCCAAGGAGGAGGAGGUGAAACCAGUGAAGGAACCAGAUCUGAAGCCUCAGAAGGACACAGGCUGUGUCCUCUCCUAAACCAUCGGCAUUCAAGCCCUCAUGCUUCAGUACCAUCUAUUGUAAUGAUGGCAUCCAUUCUUCUUUUCACGUAAACCCUCUCGUAGGAAAAAUUUACAUAUUAUUCUUAUAUAUUUUUUUCAUCCGUGGUGUUUUACGUUUGCGCUGAAACGUGCGUAGUGCAUUUGGGUGUGACGGCCGUUAUCCAGGGCCAGUCCUCAACAGCUCACAGCUGCUCAUGAAGUCAACCUAAAACGUUUUUGAAAAGAUCUGAAGCUCUUUUAGUAAUCACUUGUCAGCUACAAUGAAAACUUCAAGUGAAGGUCUUUACUUGAGACUUUAAAGUACAAUUCUAAAGAAGCCUUAUUGGUGAAGCUGUGUUACUAAUGGUGCCUUUGGCUGCAAUGUAAACCUCCUCUUACAGAAGACGUGUCUGGCCUGGUUAGAAGACCACAUAAUAACAACUGGCCUCAGGACAUGGAUCUCCACCACAACAAACAAAUCAGUAGAAAAGAAUAUAUAUCCCCACUACAUAGGAUAUGAUGCAACCAUCCAUAUUAGCGACCGCAGUAACUUGCAUUCCCGCGGUUGUAUUGCGUGCGUUUCAUGCCGAUAUUAAAACACAAUCAACAGGGUUGAAAUGUAAAUCAGUAGUGGACGGGCACAAAAGAACAAAAAGCGAACCAAACCGCACGUGUUCGGUUAGUUUUAGCUGUUUACAAUCAGUACUUUUUAUUUAGAUCACAUGACGUAUGUGCUGUAGUUCUUUUACAUAGCGGGGUUCUUUUUAUUUUUACUAUUCAUAUAGGAAAGCUUUUAUUACUGGAUGAAUCAUUCUUUAACAAUUUUAGGGAUUCUGUGAUUUAUCCCCGAUAAUAUUAGUUUAAUUUAUUUCUAUCAUGUGACAUUUUAGUUGAAAACACUCAUGCAGGAUUGUAUGCAGAAAAAGGAGAACAAUGUAUGCAUAUUCAAACCUGUGUUGCUCAUGUUUUCUGUGUUGAUUUACAUUUUGUUCUUUUUUUUUAUAUAUAUAUAUAUAUAAUUAUAAUAUUUCAAUGGACGCACCGCUGAUCCAUAAACAGUGACAUGCUUACUCUUUUUCAGUUGCUGAGUGCAGUUGACAUGAUGUGUGUGUGUGUUCCCCUUCCUUAAGGAUAGAGCAUCUAAAGUUAUCUUAUCAAACACACACACACUUGAAGUGUGACUGUCAAUCACUUUGUAACAACUGUAAUGUUGUUCACAUGAACUCGUAUAUUAACUCUUAACAUGAGAAGUGAAUGAGUCCAAAACAAAGUGCUGUCUCACUAAAUGUGAUUAAAGCACAUUGUAUAGUCAGCUGUGCAGGAAGUUCAGUGUGGAUUGAAGGGAAAUGGAUCGGCGAAGGCACGGAACCAUUGGGCCUCAUAGCUGGAACGGCCAGAUUUAGAUUGGUAGAAAUGAGACCAGCGCUCGUUCUUUUCACGGUGUUCGCUCUUUAUUCCUCCUCCACCGGUGUCCGUCAUGUCAAAUGUAUUUCUAACGGUAUUAAAUCAUCCCUACGAGUCCAUUCUUCCACGUCUUGUGUUCAUGUAUGUCACCACGAUUGAAGCGUCAUACCUUCUUCUUGCACAGAUAUAAUGAAGGAACAAAACCUACAACAAUUCUAAAUGCUGGUUAUGGAAUAAAAAAAGAAAGAAACUC